AUGGAUCUAAGACAAUUUACAACAACUCCAAACAAUUUGGACCAAUCAAACAACCAAGAUCAAAGACGUACUUCAGUCUCCUCUUUAUCAUCAUAUGCUUCAUCUGCUUAUGGUGGACAGACUCCAAAUAGUGCAAGAUUGACUUCAUCUCGUUAUUUUGGAGUUUCAGGUGGUGGUGCCUCUCAACCAGGUACUGCAAAUGGUCAACAACAACAACAACCACAACAAUCUUCAACUCCAAACUGGCUAUCUCAGCAAGGUAUGCUCAAUGUUACUCCAUGGAUUGAACAACAACAACAAGUUUCAAAUUCAACCACUUCAAUUGAAAAUCAAAAUUUUGUCAACAAUUAUGGUAAUAAUUUAAAUCAACAAAAUUUGACUCUUCAUAAUUUACCACCAAAUUUACAGAAUUUAGCUGGUAAUAAUAACAAUAACGGUGGUGUUUCAAACUUGCAAAACUCUCCAUUGUAUCAACAAAACAAUUCAACAAUGACAACUUAUGACCCUCAAUCUAAUCGUGCAUCUCCAGGUUCUUCUCAUAUCUUACCAAAUCAACAUCAACAACAACAACAACACCAUCGUGUUGCUAAUCCAUCUGUUGCUGGUACUGUUGGAGAUUCCAAAAAUGAUGAUUCUAAUGUCAACAAAAAUAACGAUGAUGAUAAUGAAACAACAAAUGAAAAUAAUGUUAAUGAAAAUGAUGGAAAUGAAAACGAAAAAGAUGAUGAUGAAUUGAUUCCAACAGCCAUCGUCAUCAAAAACAUCCCUUUUGCAAUCAAAAAGGAACAAUUAUUGGAAGUUAUGACCAAAUUAAACUUGCCUUUACCUUAUGCAUUCAAUUAUCAUUUUGAUAAUGGUGUUUUCAGAGGUUUAGCAUUUGCAAAUUUUACUUCAACUGAUGAAACAACUUCAGUUGUUAAUCAAUUAAAUGGUCGUGAAAUUGGUGGAAGAAAAUUGAGAGUUGAAUAUAAAAAAAUGCUACCAUUGGCUGAACGUGAACGCAUCGAACGUGAAAAAAGAGAAAAAAGAGGUCAAUUAGAAGAACAACAUCGUUCUGCUUCAAAUGUUUCUUUGGCUUCUAUGAUUAGUGUUGCUUCUGCUCCUGCUGGAGUUAAUAAACAACAGCAACAACAAGGUCAAAGUCAAAAUCAAAACCAAAAUCAACAAUUACCUCCUCAAGUUCAACAACAGAUUCAGCAAGCUCAACAAUUGCAACAACAACAAUCACCACAACAGGUUCAAGGUCAACAACCACCAGGUUUAUUGUCUGCUUCCAGCUCUCAACAGCAAUUGGUUACUCCAUUACAAGCUCAACAUACUGGUUCUGAAAGAUUUUAUGCUCCUAUCCCUUUCAUUAAUAAUUUACCAAUUCCGCCUCAACAUGUUGAUUUUAAUGACCCUGAAACCUUAGAAUAUUAUUCACAAUUGUUGUUUUUCAGAGAUGAUAAAGAUAAGUUAUAUAAUGAAAUUGCUUAUCCAUCUUCUUUAUCACAAAACCAUAAAAGAAUCAUUUCAAUUUUAUCUGCAUUCUUAGGUUUAGUGGAAACUUAUGAUCAAAAUUUGAUCUUGGUUAAAAGAAGAACUUUGAUUCAUGAUCCUUCUCCUCUAUUGAGAUCUCAAUCCCAUUCAGCUAUCCCAUUAUUAAACCAACAAUCAACUGGUGGUGCUAAUUCUUCACAAAGAUUUAGACAACAAACAACUAUUCCUCAGCCAACUUCAACAGCUUCAAGUAAUAGAAUCCCACCAAAUUUCAACUUGGGUUUAAAUAAUGCGUCAAGUUCUGCUUUAUCUUCAGCUGCUUUAUUGAGAAAUAAUCCAACCCCAACUAGAGUUUUACCAAACUUGUACAAUCAACAACAACCAUCAUCAGCAUCUUCUCAACAGCAACAGCAACAACAACCUCAAUCUCAACCACAACAACAGAAUUACUUUCAAUCUCAGCCACUAGCUCAAUCUCAAUCUCAACCAACUACACCAGGUUUAGAUUCGAUGUCAAGAUUUGCUCCAUUCCAACAAGGUUUAACUGGAUUGACUUCAUUGCAACAAUUUCAACAACAACAAGCUCAACAGCAACAACAACAACCUUUUGGAACACAAUCACAUCAUCAAUCACAAACAAAUUUGCAGUCAUCAAAUAACAACAAUAACCAAAUGUUUGUUGAUGAUUCUUAUGGACGUUUAUCAUCUUCAUCCAAUUCUAGUAAUGGUGGUAAUGAAACUCCAGGUGAUAUUAGUGAUUCCUUACAUGGAUUGACAUUGUCACUGGGUAAUGAGGCUCAAGGUAGUAAUUCACCAAGUAUUUGGGGUCCAAGAUCUGUUCAACCACCUGCUAUUUAG